AAGCCUUCGCCGUGCCGGGUACCACUGGCCCAUCGCUGGACAAGCGUGUAAAUUAGCGGGUGGCAUGAACUCCUUAAAGGAGGCGUCCGGCGUGCGGGUGGCUUGAUCCUCAGCUUCACGACCGCAGCGUAGUCAUCUUUGAUUCAGUAAUCAUAAUGGUCGCUACGCAGACUUUCAAGGCCUUGGCUGCCGCCGCUGUCCUGACAGGAUACGCCAGGGCUCAGCAAUGUACGGAUGGCGAGUGGGAUGUUAUCGUUGUUGGCUCCGGACCAGCCGGUAUCGUCACUGCGGACCGCAUGAGCGAAGCUGGAAAGAAGACACUUCUCCUUGAGCAGGGAGGCCCGUCGUACUACAUUACCGGAGGACGUAUGCGGCCAGACUGGUUAAACGGCACAGAGCUCAGCCGCGUCGACGUUCCCGGCCUCUACAAGUCCAUCUUUUCGACUCCCGGAGAGGGCUUGCUAUGCGGAUCCGGCAUUGUCAAUGCCUUCCAAGGCUGCACCGUGGGCGGUAAUACGGCAAUCAAUGCCGGCCUCUUUUUCCAGCCGCCAGCCAGCGACUGGGACCGGUAUUUCCCUCCGGGCUGGAAGAACAGCGACAUGCAAUCUGCAAUCCAAAAUGUGAGGACGACGCAGCCAAGCACUGACAACCCCUCCAUGGACGGAAAACGGUACCUGCAAACCGGCUACGAUGCCGCAAAGGAGUGGCUUGUCGAUGGUGCCGGGUACGCCAACGUCGGUCUCAACGACGGCCCCACGAACCACUCCAAGACCAAGGUGUUUGGCCAUCCCAUCUGGAACUACGAGGGAGGCCAGAGGAGCGGACCGGUCAAGACAUAUCUCCAGCGCGCUUUGCAGCGGACAAACUUUUCCUUCAAGACCGGAACCAAGGUCCUGCGCGUGCAGCGUGACGGCGGAGUUGCAACUGGUGUCGAUGUUGAGACGAGCGGUGCCACAGGCACACAGAGCAUCUGCAUCAAGAAGGGCGGCAUGGUCAUCUCCUCAGCAGGCGCGCUUCUGAGCCCCCAGCUUCUCAUGUGGUCUGGUAUCGGAAAUGCGACCCUUCUGGAGGCUCUCGCACAGAACGGACACGUCACCGUGCCGUCCCAGGACUGGAUCAACAACACGGCGGUUGGCGACAAGGUGUUUGACAACCCAAACACCUUUAUUGAGCUCCAUGCCGAUUCUAUCCAAUCCUACACCUACCAAUACUCUAACCCGCCGGCCACUGCUGCCGACAUGUACCUGAAGCACCGCUCUGGUCCAUACAGCUUUGCUUCGCAAACGAGUGCCUUCUGGGACUACAUCCAGCAAGGCGAGGAUGUUGUGGGUUGCCAGGGAACGAUCGACUCUUCCGGCGCCUUUGACUAUGCGAGCAACAACGGCACCAUUACCCUCAACGUGUACGGUACAUCGGGUCUUCGCUCUUUCGGACGGGUCAGUCUCGAUGCAAAUGGCAUUGCUCUGCCAUCGUCCAACUUCUUCGCCGACCCACGUGACGUCUCCGCGAUCGCGACCUUUGUCCACAACAUCUUCCAAGCCAUGCCCGCAAGCCUGACGCCGCUGAACAUUGCGAAGAACUCGACACUGGACGAGAUUGAGACCUGGCUGAAGACUCCCAGCCAGUACACGCUGGGUAACGUGCAGCACUGGAGCAGCAGCUGCCGAAUGGAGGCGUGUGUGGACGUGGACACCAAGGUGAUUGGAAUGCAGAACCUGUUUGUAGUCGAUGCUAGUAUCGUGCCCCCUCUCACGACCAACCCGGUCAUGGGCGUCAUGAUUACUGCUGAGAGGGCUGUAGAGAGGAUCCUGGCGCUCAACAAGUAGAGUUUCGGUCGGAGAUAAGCUAGUAAAUUUAUUGCCUCAUUAUCGGA